GUACAGCCCCCUGGGUGCUCUCAGCACAGGUUGUCCUCUAAAGGGAUUAUGCCUGCAGUCCUACAAUGCUGCUACCCUCAGGUUGGCUGCUUCGGCACUGUGUGGUCAUGUGGUUGCUGUUUCACAGCUUAGUGCUGAUGACACUAUGUUUCCAACAUGCUGCGACUUCCUGCUCCAAGCGCUGCUACUGUUCAGACAAUGAGGACGCAUUUGGUGGUAAGACUAUGCGCUGCAGCAACCUGCAUCUUACUGAGAUCCCUCAGGAUAUUCCCAAUGACACACAACACCUCUACCUGGACUACAACCUCUUGACCAGCAUCCCUGCCAAUGCUUUUCAUGAUCUUCCAAUGCUAGCUGAACUGGAUCUUUCCCAUAAUGAACUGGCUUUGCUUGAACCUGGAGCUUUUAGAGGUUUGGCAGCCUCUCUUCAGUUUCUGGAUCUCUCAUCCAACCAGCUCACAACACUGGACCCUGAUGCCUUUGAAGGUGUUACAGCAAGAUCUAACCUCACUGGAAACCCCUGGCACUGUGACUGCAAGCUGCAGACAGCCUUUCCACACCUGGACCUAGAGCCUGUAUCUUUGACUGGUAUUAUCUGUCAGACAUCUGAACCCUCAGACUCUGCAGCCCAAGGUGUGCCUUUCCUGCUGGCCAAAGACCUGGACCUGUGUGUGGUGCUCAAAAAGACCACGGACGUGGCCAUGUUGGUGACCAUGUUUGGAUGGUUCACCAUGGUCAUCUCCUACCUGGUCUACUAUGUGAGACACAAUCAGGAAGAUGCCAGGCGCCACCUAGAGUAUCUCAAGUCUCUGCCCAGCAGGCAGGGCAAGUCUGAGGAGUCUUCCACCAUCAGCACUGUGGUAUAG